AACUCAUACUUUGUAAGACUGAGAGCCAGGAGUAAUUCCAGCUUUUACUAACUGCAGAGCUCAUUGACUGAAUUAUGAAAUUAAUUUGAAAUUAUGAAAUUACAUUGAAAUUACUGAAUUAUGAAAUUACAUUGAUUUCAAAUAGUGGAAUCAGUUAUACAACUAAAGCUACCCUCACUGCCUUUGACAUUCGUAGACAUUUCUAGAAGUUUGUGCCACCAGUGUUCUUUAAAUGACCUACACUAAUUUUUUAAAGGAUUUGUUAUUUAUUUAUUUGUUUGUUUGUUUAUUUACUUAUUUGACAGAGAUCACAAGUAGGCAGAGAGGCAGGCAGAGAAAGAAGAGGGAAGAAGGCUCCCUGCUGAGCAGAGACACACCCCCCACGUGGGGCUUGAUCCCAGGACCCUGAGGUCAUGACUUCAGCCAAAGGCAGAGACUUAACCCACUGAGCCACCCAAGUGCCCCACAAUCUACACUCUUAUUUAUCAUUCUAAGCUUUCACUCUUUGCCAUUAAAUCAACCGUCAACUUCUGGGUUAAUAAGUGCUUUUUAAAAAUACGGGUUUGGGGGCACCUGUGUGACUCAGUCAACUGAUUAACCAUCUGCCUUUGGCUCAGGUCAUGAUCUCAGGGUCCUGGGAGCGAGUCCAGUGUCAGGCUUUCUGCUCUGCAAGGAGUCUGCUUCUCCCUCUCUUCUAUGUUCACACAAACACUCUCUAUCUCUCAAGUAAAUAAAUAUAAUCUUUAAAUAUGUAUAUGGGUUUUUUUGUUUUGUUUUGUUUUGUUUUCAAUAUGGUUCAGGUUUUGGAAAAGUUUAAUGUGUCAUGUGACAUAUAAAAUCUUUCUUUUAAAAUUUAAUGAUUUCUCAGAACUCCAUAAUUAUUCAAAAUAAGAGUUCACUUGAUGGGGCUGCAUUACCUUUUAGGUAAAGAAAUGUAAUUGUUGAAAUAAAAGUAAUUUACUCCAGGAAAUUCCUAUAUGUACUAAACUUGUAUUCCCAAUCUCAGAAUACCAAUUUUUAACCAACACCUGAUAUAAAAAUUGCCCCCCAAAAUUGAUGCAGCACUUUUUUUUUUCUAAUUUGGCAUUUUAAUUUUAAACCAGUUAUUCUAAUAAUGUUGAAAUGUUUUAGGGGAUUCUGACCUUAAACUAAUAAGGACAAUAUUAUUCCUGAAUUCUUUUCCUCUUCACUAAUUUAUUGCUUUACACUUUUCCAACUAAUACUAUUGUGUCAAGCAUAGAAUAUCAUUGUAAAAAUAACUUAUUAUAUCAUGAAAUGCUCUAAGAAAAUUAGUACCAGAUUUUACAUUGUUCAACAGCAAAUGAGUACUACCAGUCACCACACACUCCACCCACUGUGACUAUCUCAGCAAUCUUUUCAUCACAUACACUGUUCAUCAAGUCCUUCAGUACAGUCCCAUUCAGCCCUGUGCCUGACACCACGCAGCUGCAGAGAUGAAUAACCAAGGAGUUACCUAUGCAGAACUCAGUCAGGUUAAGGGUUCCAAAAGACAGCAAGUGAAAGCUAAGGGCACUAAAAGUCCUAUUUCAGAAACUGAGCAGGAAAUAACAUAUGCAGAAUUAACUCUUCAAGACGCUUCAAAUCUUCAAAAUGCUUCUCAGAAUCCUCAAAGGAACAGCGAGAACUCCCAUUGCAAAGGGAAGCUCAUUGCUGGGGUCCUGGGGAUCAUUUGCCUUAUCUUAAUGUCCACUAUGGUCACAAUAGCGGUUACUCCCACAUAUUACUGUGGUCAUUGUCCAAAAGAGUGGAUGACAUAUUCCAACAAUUGCUAUUACAUUAGCACCGAAAGAAAAUCAUGGAAUGAGAGUUUGUCGGCCUGCGCUUUGGAGAACUCUACCCUGUUCUCCAUAGAGGAUGAAGAAGAAAUGCAUUUGUUAGGCCUCUUCAUUUCUUCUUCAUGGCUUGGAGUCUCCCAGAAAAGCAAUAAUAAUCCAUCUGUGUGGCCAAAACACUCAACUUUCUCUUCCAAAGCGUUGGCAGUAUCAUCAGAGAGUGACCGGGUUUGUCCAUAUUUCAAUUUUGGACUGGAGAAAGUUUUUUCUGCAUCUUGUUUAGAAAUUAAAACCUACAUUUGUAAGCACCAGGCAUUUUAGUUACCUAAUUUUGGUAUAACGCUAUGCUACCAUAUAUAAAGAACAUGUUUCUCAUUUCUCCAAAAGCCAUGCAAUUAUUGUCUCAGAAUAUUUUUCAGAUAUAUUUUUAGAGAAGUUUUAUGUUCACAACAAAAUUAAGAGGGAGUUACAGAGUUUUCUUCUAUUGCCCCUGUCCACACACCUGCCUCUCCCCCAUUAUCAACAUCCCUCACUAGAAUGGUUCUUUUAUGACCAAAAAUGAAUAUCCAUCGAUGUGUUAUAAUCAUACAAAAUUUACUUUGUACAUGA